AUGGAGAAUGAUUACAAACUUCCAACUGUAGACCAUGUUGAUCAGUUUAUUUCUGCAGAAAUCCCUGAUAUAAACCAAGACCCGGAACUAUAUACGCUUGUGAAAGACCAUAUGAUUCAUGGUCCAUGUGGUAACGCUAGAAUGAGUUCUCCAUGUAUGGUUGAUAGAAAAUGUUCGAAAGGUUUUCCCAAGAAAUUUCAAGAUCACUCAACCUUGGAUUGUAACGGAUUUCCCUUAUACAAAAGAAGAGAUGACGGUUCCUUCGUUUUAAAAAAUAGAAUUGAGUUAGACAACAGAAGUGUUGUACCUUACAACAAAAAACUUUUGAAAAGAUAUCAGGCGCAUAUAAACGUUGAAUGGUGCAACCAAGCGACGUCAAUAAAGUAUUUGUUCAAAUAUAUUAAUAAAGGUCCUGAUAGAGCAACAGUUGCUGUGGUUCCGAGCAAUAAUGAAAACGAGCAAGCAGAAAAUGAUGAAAUUAAAGAGUAUUAUGAUUGUAGGUAUAUAUCGGCUUGUGAAGCCUCUUGGAGGAUUUUUUUCGAAUGA